UUCGCCAUGACGUCGCUAAAGACGAAACACGCCAAUCAGCGACCCGCUUCUGCUGCAGCUUUUACUCUGAAUCCGGGAGUUUCCCCAAAAUGAGCAGUUCGGAGGAGGUUUCGUGGAUUUCUUGGUUUUGUGGACUACGAGGAAACGAGUUCUUCUGUGAGGUGGAUGAGGACUAUAUCCAGGAUAAGUUCAACCUCACCGGACUCAAUGAGCAGGUUCCACAUUACAGACAAGCUCUGGACAUGAUUUUGGAUCUGGAACCUGAUGAGGAGCUGGAGGACAACCCAAACCAGAGUGACCUAAUUGAGCAGGCUGCUGAGAUGCUGUAUGGCCUGAUUCACGCGCGAUACAUCCUGACCAACCGUGGCAUUGCGCAGAUGUUGGAGAAGUACCAGCAGGGUGACUUUGGCUAUUGUCCUCGUGUUUACUGUGAGAACCAGCCUAUGCUGCCCAUUGGUCUCUCCGACAUCCCUGGUGAGGCUAUGGUCAAACUCUACUGUCCUAAAUGUAUGGAUGUGUACACGCCAAAGUCAUCUAGGCACCACCACACUGAUGGAGCCUACUUUGGGACAGGCUUCCCUCAUAUGCUCUUCAUGGUGCACCCUGAGUACCGGCCAAAGAGGCCUGCGAACCAGUUUGUGCCCAGGCUCUAUGGUUUCAAGAUCCACCCUAUGGCAUACCAACUACAGCUGCAGGCAGCCUCCAGCUUCAAGAGCCCCGUCAAGGCCAUCCGCUAAGAAUUGAAGAAGAAGAAGGAGGAGGUGGUGGAGGGAGGGUUGGUGAGGCAGGAGGAGAGGGGAAGAUCUGUGUCUGUGUAUACAUAGCCUCACUCUCCUCCCAGAGACCAUUUGUUUUAGAUUAGGUUUGAUUGAGAGAAGCGUUUAAAUAUUGAGAGAGUGGGAGUAGAACCUGCACACUUUGGAAAUCUGUAAACAACCUUUCCUCUUAAUCACACAGACGCAGCACGGGGUGCCAUGCAGACAUUGGUGUUUACCUUGUAAAGAAAUUGUCCCUUUUCAGCGGUAGGAAAAGAAACUAUAAAUUGAUGACAGAUGAA